AUGUCAGCAAAAGGAAAAACUGGUAGAAAAAAAGCCUCAAAGGGAACUUCAAAUUCUGCUAAAGCAGGACUUCAAUUCCCAGUAGGAAGAAUUGGAAGAUAUCUUAAAAAAGGAAAAUACGCAAAAAGAGUAGGAGCAGGAGCACCUGUAUACUUAGCAGCAGUUUUGGAAUAUUUAUGUGCAGAAAUUUUAGAAUUAGCAGGAAAUGCAGCAAGAGAUAAUAAAAAAUCAAGAAUUACCCCAAGGCACAUACAAUUAGCUGUUAGAAAUGACGAAGAAUUAAACAAAUUCUUAGCAGGUGUCACCUUCGCUUCAGGAGGAGUAUUACCAAAUAUUCACAAUGUUUUAUUACCAAAAAAAUCACAACUUAAAGCUGGUACUGCCAAUCAAGAUUAUUAA